AUGGCUACUGAACCUCGUGUAAGUGGUAAUAACACAAAACCACUUGUACCGCUUUUUCCUAGGGCCGCUGAUUGUGUUUACACAAGCUGUUAUUGUGAGGAAAAUGUAUGGAAACUCUGUCAGGAUGUCGCAACGAAGCAUGCAUCGGAAUUACCACACUGCUAUGUAGUUUUUAUUAGUAAUAACAAUCGAAGCGUACCACUUUGGCGACAACGAGAAGGAAAAGGCGAUGAUAAAGUCAUUGUUUGGGAUUACCAUGCAAUUCUAAUUUAUGCACCUGACGAACGAGCUGUGGUUUAUGAUUUAGACAGCGCUUUACCUUUUCCAACAUUUUUUUGGAAAUAUGCCACCGAAACCUUCAGAUCUGAUGAAGCCUUACGUCCUGAAUAUCAUAGGAGAUUUAGACUUGUACCAGCGGCAUUAUUUUUACAAAAUUUUGCUUCUAAUCGAAAUCACAUGAAACGGAAAGAUGGCACAUGGAUUAAAACACCGCCAGAGUAUCCACCAAUAUCUACGCCAAGUAAGAUUUUCAAUACAUUAUAUAAUUAGUGCUAAAGA